AUGGUUAGCUAUAGACAAUUUCGAAGUAACUUUAAAUAUUUUUUAUUUAUAUUUAUAUUUCGAUUAUUUAAUGCAUGCAUAACACAUACAUAUUUCCAAGCAGAUGAAUUCUGGCAAUCUUUAGAACCUGCUCAUUUAAGAGCUUUUGGGUAUGGUCAUCUCACAUGGGAAUGGAAAUUUGGUUUAAGGAGUUACGCUUUCCCUCUUUUCUUUGAGAUUGGUUAUCGAUUAUGCUCAUUAUUGACUGUAGUAAUAACCAAGCUGAUAGACUGUCUGAUUAGCAUCAAUUUAGGGUCAUCUUUGAUUGUUGGUUUAAAUAUAUUUGAUAUGUCUAAGCCAUUGGAGGAUCAGAUUGAAUAUUUCUUGGUUUUAUAUAUACCCAAGUUGAUCAUGGUUGUCUUAGCGACUAUAGGUGAAUUUUACACCAUAAUAUUAUCUAGAAAGCUAUAUUUGCUAACUCUAGAUAAGCAAAAAGAUAUGAAAGGACAGGGUGCGUAUAAUGUAAUGAAUAUAACACUUAUCUUUACAUUAUCUAAUUUUUUCAAUUGUUUUGCCAUCACAAGAACAUUUAUAAAUUCAUUUGAAAUGGUACUAACAUCCGUGGCGUUGUAUUACUGGGAUUGGACUCAAGGUAAAUUAAUUAAUUCAAGAUCUUAUUCAUUUUCUCUAUUUGUGGCAAUAUUUACUUGCUUGCAGAGGCCUAGCAAUGGCAUUAUCUGGAUCGUCUUAGGUGUUUGUCUAUUAAUCAACCUAAUCAGUCAAAAAAGAUACCAGGCAAUCGUUGACCUGGGAUUAAAAAUAGCUACCGUGUUUUUUGUUGCCUUUGCGUUGAAUACAAUGAUAGAUUAUUACUUCUAUAGAGAGUUGAGAUUUCCAAUCUUUAGAUUCAUUCAGUUCAAUUUCACAAGUCCUCUAUCUACAUUUUAUGGGAUAUCUCCUUGGCAUUUCCAUAUAUUCCAAAGUGUUCCAAUAGUAUUAGGCUAUUCGAUUCCAUUUUUCACCUUUGGCAUGGCAUCUAAAUUAACAAUAUCAUCACAAUCUUAUGUACAAGAUCCAUUCAGCGUGAUUAAAUUUACUUCGAUAAUAAAUUUAUUAGCAUACUCAUGUUUAUUGCAUAAAGAAUUUAGGUUUAUCUACGCUCUCCAACCUAUGUUUACGAUUAUAUCAGUAUUUGGAUACUUAAAAUUUCUGGAAACGUUCAAAAUGUCACAAACUAAAUUAUUCCGGUUAUUAAAAUACGUCGUUCCUGCUGUUGUCAUUUUACUGUCAUUUACUAUUUGUAAAUAUCAUGAAGCUGGAAGUAUUGAUGUCAUGAAAUUCUUACACAAUGAAGCAAGACUAGAGAGUGUCGGUUUCAUAAUGCCAUGCCAUUCCACACCUUGGCAGUCGUAUUUACACCGAAAUGAUAUUAAAGAUUUAUGGGCAAUUACAUGUGAGCCCCCAUUGCACCUCUUAGUAGAGACAAAUGCUUCUACUAAGUUAGAGAGUUAUAUGGAUGAGAGCGAUAUACUCUAUGAUAAUAUACUUGCCUUUUUCAAAGAGAAUUUCUCAAAUAGUAUUUUCAGUGAACCGAUCACUAGGUCUGUCAAAGGUGAAUAUAACCAUGAAUGGCCUGAUAUUUUAGUAGUAUUUGAGCAUUUAGAUGACAUAUUUUUGAAGAAUUAUUUACAUGGGUCGGAAUAUAAAGAGUACAAACGGUUCUUCAACACACUGUCCCAUUGGGACCAUCGUAGAGAAGGGGAUAUAAUAGUUUAUAAAAGAAAUGCAUAA